AGAGUAUACCCGGAGAAUGGGCUGAGGGAACGACGAGGAGGGAGGAGGAACCGAAAGAGAAAAAAAAAAGUUCAACUAAAAAUGGCUUCCUUGUCUUUGGAGUCUCCAGAACAAACGGAGAAUGGAAGCGCCGAGGAAUCUGGACAAUCAGAAGCCCGAGUCAAAGAGGAAAAGGACUCGGAGGAAGUUUCUGAGCGGCUGUUUGAGACCUUCCCAAAGUCCGCGCUCGGCUUUUCCAGUGAGCAGGUCGCCUGCGUAUGCGAGGCUCUCCUGCAGGCGGGCAACGUGGAUCGCCUGUGGAGCUUCCUGGCUACCAUCCCUCCUUCGUCCGACGUGCUACGUGGCAACGAGACCCUGCUUAAGGCCCAGGCCCUGGUCGCCUUCCACCGCGAGGACUUUACAGAGUUGUACGCCAUCUUAGAGAGCCGCGACUUCCACCCGAGCAACCACGGGUUCCUGCAGGACCUCUACCUGAGAGCGCGCUACAAGGAGGCGGAGAGGUCGCGGGGUCGCAGCCUGGGCGCAGUGGACAAGUACCGGCUGCGCAAAAAGUUUCCCCUUCCGAAGACCAUCUGGGACGGAGAGGAGACAGUGUAUUGUUUCAAGGAAAAGUCGCGCAACGCCCUGAAAGAGUGUUACAAAGUUAACCGGUACCCAACUCCGGACGAGAAGAAAAAUCUGGCCAAACUUACCGGACUUUCUUUGACCCAAGUGAGCAACUGGUUCAAGAAUCGGCGACAGAGGGACCGAACUCCAUCCGGUACUAACAGCAAAAGUGAAUCUGAUGGAAACCACAGCACAGAGGAUGAGGCUAGUAAGGCUGAUCUGGAAGACAUUACUGACAAACCCACGACUCAAGAGGCUGGUGGCUCAACUGCUUCGCUUAUAUCCCUCUCUAGUGCCCCCUGUAGUACUGGAGGUCAACUCAUUCUCAAUAACACAGGGGGAUUCCUUACAAGUCCUCAUCCCCUGUUACUCAACGGGAGCCCAUUACUAUCAGGGACUGGAACCGGUGUCAUUAUUAAUGGAUUGACUCUGAGUGAUGGUCAUGCAGUUACCCUGAGUCCUGUGACUACCAACACUCCACUUUUACUCAAUGGGGCUCAGGUUAUAUCUAAGGGUAGUGGGAACAAUGGUGUCCCAGAAAACUGCAUUAUCAAAAUGGAAACGCAGCCCAACCUUACUAGCACAGUCCCUGUCUCGUUGACCGAGGAAACGAAAGCAACCAACCAUAAUGUCUCUCCGCUGGACUUCAUCACUGUUCCAGAGGCUAUAAAGGCUGAAGAUAGUACCCAAAUGGUGUCUCCCUCCUCCAUAUCUACAUCCACAAUCUCCUCCACAGUGAUGACUCACACCUCCCUUACUUCAUUAGCAUUGACUCAAAAUGGCAUCCUUUCUUCUGCAGUCACUCCAUCUGGUGUAGUUAAUUCCAACCCAGUGAUGCAAUCCACUCAACAGCCUGAGCUUGUGGUAGUAGCAACAGCAGGUUCCCAAAUAAAUCCUACUUCUUCUGUUUCACAAAUAGCACCAUCUUCCACUGUCUCUAGCUCUCAGGUUCUUUCUUUGCCCCAGGUGGUACCAUCCAUCCAGGGCAUUCCAGUAUCUCAGUUAGUACAGCACCCAGCAGGGACUCCAGUGUCUUGCCCUCAGCUGGUUCCAGUGUCUCCCAUUACCACUCAACUGUCCCAAAGUUCCAUUCCUCAUUUUCAAAACCCCAAUCUGCAAAUUGGGCCCAGGCCUAUUCAAGCUCAAAAUGGAUCCUCUGCGCUUGGGGAGAACACUGUUGUAUCUGUUCCCCGGGUGCCUAAUGGCCAGGCUCCACUGACACUUCAGUUAACAGACCAGUCAAAUUUAGCCACCACCCCACAGAUACAGACGCUGGGUACACAAGGCAUUCCCAUCUCCUCACCAACUCAAGUAGUUCCUGUUUCACAGUCCAAGGACACAGGGCAGCCUCAGCUCGUACCUUUGCCUCAACUCAUGCCUGUAUCCCCCAUUGCUGGAGCAUCUACAGGGACCAUAUCCUUCCCUCAGGUGGUCCCAGCAGCACCCUCAUUCUCCAUCCCAUCUCCUGGAGGUGCUUUCCAAAUCUUAACAUCUGGCUCUGGAGGAGGAGUUGCUGUGCCUCAGGGGGCUAUUAGGAUAAGCCCCAUAGGACCUCCUCAGAGUGUGCCUACAGCUGGUGCAAUUCCUGGUGUCCAGCUUCUAAAUUCAGGAGUUAUUCAACUUCCCUCUGCUUCUCCAGGUAAUUUCCUCUUGGCAGGUGGCAGUCCCUACCUGAGUGUUCAGAAUGGCAAACUCAUCCUCACCAUCCCAGCUGGUUUCCAGUUUACCAGCAUGCCUGUCAAAUCCAUCCCAGAAAAUCCAGGCCCAAGCGCAAGCAGCAGCAGCAGUGGACUAGAACAAACCUCAACAGGAACAUCACUACAAAAUCAACCAGUCUCCCUAUCCUCUGUCCAAACCUCUAGUCCAUUUCAGUCAUCUCCUUUAAUUGGCUCAUCUGCGCUUUACUGUAGUCCUGAGACUGGAGCCCUGGCUAAUCCUACGCCAGGAGCCUCUCCAAACGCCUCAGACUCUCCGACUCCAACCCCUACUAGUGUUCUGCCAUCCCAACAGACCCUCAGCCCUGAGAGCAUGCUGUCAUUCAGUCCCCUCUGCAGUGGGGUAGCCAGUGGUCCUCAUCUCAUUCAGCCUGCUUGGAGUCCUGUGCCCCUGUCAUCUUCAUCUGGACUCACACUGUUUGAUGUACGUGGGAAAGGGGAUCUACCCGAGGACCCGGCUUUAUUGGGCUUACCAGGUGGGGAGUCCCUGCUAUUGGGUACCCCUCCUCCAAGCGAUGACAUACAUAGGGAAUCUCAUCUGGACGAUGUGGAGAUGGAUGGAGACUCAAAGAUUCUUACUCAACUGCAGUCAGUCCCUGUGGAUGAUGAUUUGGGUUUGUAACUGUACUUCUCUUGGGCUGCCUUUUAGAAGCCCUCAGACAAUCUUGAUGCUCCACAGUACUCUGAAUUUUGUAUGAGUCACUGUAUGGCAUUAGAGGUAGGAAUCAAGGUAAAUCAUACCUGAUUUGAUCUUUAUAGAUUCUUUAAAAAAAACAAAAACAGAACAACAGGUCAACCCACUUCUAGGCUUCUUGACUGUGUUGGAUCCAACUUCAUCUUCGUUUUGGGAUUCACAAGAAGCGGUCAUAGGCUGUGGAGGUUUUUCCCCCUCACAGAAAGACAUGGGGAUUAAUGUCAUGGAACAUUUACCUUUUGGGCAUUUACCCAACAGCUGGGCUAUUUCUUUUUACAAUAUAAAUCAUGCAUUGUAGCUUGAAUUUACUAUACAAGCGGUUUUUGUUUUAUUAAUUUAUGAAGCUCCAAAGUUAAUGUUUGUAAUAAAUCAAACAUUCUAGUCAAUCACUUUAAAUGUAGCGCAUUCAGAGGAGGCACUGCUGACUGGUUUAUCCGAAUGCUAGCUUUCAAGCUAGCUGUUAGCUUCCAACUCACACCAAGUUGGAUAGGUUGGAUCAAGUUGGAUCAGAUGUGGCACCUAUCUAGAAGACAGUUUCUGUGUAUUGUGAAUUUUAGCCACAUCUACAAAACUAAACUUGUUUAUUGGAAUUUAAGGCACAUUUUAAUGGGUACUUUAAGGGAAUAAUAAGUAAUUUUUUUUUUUUUUUUGGUCACAUACUGUCUCACUUCUGGGGCCUGUCUCAAAAAGUAGGAUUUAGUUUGUUUAGCUAGCUGUCUUUGAGGUUAUUUCGAUCUUAUCUCCAGACUAUUAUUUGCUUUUUACGCAAUUAAAUUGCUGUAGUGACUCAUAUUAUGUGUUAGUUAACUUUUGUGGAAAGUUCUGGAUUACAGAACUGGUAUAGUGCUUCAUCUGUGAGAAAAUCUUCAUUCAAAAAUCAAUUAUUCCUUAGACAAGGCUGCUAAACUUUGACUGUGGAAACAGAUUUAGCAUUGCUUUAAAACUUUUAGAGGCAUUUAGACAAGUCCCUUGGAUUUACCUGAUUAUUUUUAAAUAAGAUAUACAGUGGAAACUCUGCAUAGGAAUGCCCUCCCUAAAGAAUUUGCAAGACGUCGGGAUACGAAGCAUUUUCGGCGUAUGAACGAAACAAAAUGAAUGCCGGCUAAGUUUUGUGUACAUCCAGGAGCUGAAGCCAAGCAAAGCUAACCGAAGCGAGUUUAUGACUUUUACGAUUUACUUUUUCAGUCACUGAAAGCUGUUUCGAAAGAGUCAACCCAUGAUACCGACAUUUCCUUCGGCAUGCGUUCAAAAGCUUGGUGGCACGACUUCCUGUGAGAAGCCUUGAGGAAUGCUUGGCUUGGCUCAGUUCUUUGUAAGCAGCCAUACAGUUUACAUACGCUUCCUAUUGGUAAUAUUGGUCAUAUUUUUGGGUGACUGGAACGGAUUUACAUUAUUUCUUAUGGGAAAAUUUGUUUUGCAAUACACCUUAUGAACUCGCCUCCAGAACGAAUUAAAUCCGUAUACCGAGGUUCCACUGUACAUCUAAUUUCCUUUUGGAAUAACACAAAUUUCACUCGCAGCCUCUGCUCUCACUGUUCUAGUAUAUUUAUUUGCCAGCCUCAGCAAACAUACUGCUUUGCUAAGUUGAUUACAAGGUGGUCGUUUUACCAUUUACCCAAUAGGGCCAUAAAGGGGGACUCGUACAGAAGUGCACUGAGCAAACAGAACAGUAAUUUUCCUUAAUCACAGCUAUCAUUAAAGGAUCAUCAUAGUAAAAUCUAAUAUCGCACAAGAUUUUACAGGCAUCAUCCUGUGCAUUGUGAGAAGUAAUCUUAAAAGACGCCCUAGUGCAUAACAAGCUUUAAUGACGAACCCAGGACUUUUUUCAAAACCUCCUUUAUGAGCCAGACACCUGGAUAGGAGUGUGUGUUGACCUCGGAACAUGAAGUAGCCUAACCUAUACAUCUUACGAUCAUUUCAUUUUUCAUGACGAUUACAUUUUACAUGACGCUGUAAUAGACUAUGCUUAUCGCUUUCUAUAGGAUUGCUUUAAAAGUUUUUUUGAAAUUACGCCUGGAUUUUCCAGACAGAGAGCUUGAGUUCCCUUUGUGUAGGAUAUUGAGCUGAAGUUAUGAAUCUUUAACCUUGUUCUAUCCUUAAUUGGAGGAGAGGCAUGUUUUUAUACAGUAUACAACUGAUUAAAUACAUUAUAAGGUAUUUCAUCAGUCUUAGAUACUUUUAUCGUCCUUUCUCUCUCCUUUGCAUUGUAAUCAUCUGCAGUGUGUAUAUACAUUUUAUUCUCUCAUGUGCAUCCAAAGACUGAACUAAAGCAUUAUUAGAUUUCCUAUGUAAUGUUAGCCCAUGUUAUCUAAUCUUUUUCCACACAUGUACAUUUGUUGUUGUUUUUUUUUUACUAUUUAAAUUAUGCACCAUAACUGUACAAAGAGUCUAUUGCUAGACUCUAGACGCUUUUCAUAGUUAGUGUCUGAUU